UCCGCUCGGCUUGGCAGAAGUACGCUGGCAACAGGCGCACUCCCUGCUCCGACCCAGCCGCGCGCUCCUCCGCAGAUAUGAUCGCUGUGCCCACCGCCUGGUGCUCCGUCGCUCUGGCCCUGCUCGUGGCCUUGCACGAAGGCAAAGGCCAGGCCGCUGCCACUCCGGAGCAGCCAGUGCCCUCACCCGGCGCCAGAGGCUCCCACCUGCGGUCUCGGCGUUGUUCCUGCAGCUCCUGGCUCGACAAGGAGUGCGUCUACUUCUGCCACUUGGACAUCAUCUGGGUGAACACCCCCGGACAGACAGCUCCUUACGGUCUGGGAAACCCGCCAAGACGCCAGCGCCGCUCUCUGCCAGGGCGCUGUGAAUGCUCCAGCUCCAGAGACCCUGCAUGUGCCACCUUCUGCCAUCAAAGGCCCUGGUCUGAAGCCAUGGCAAUCCCAGGCACUGGGUCCACUGCAGACGUGUUCCAGACUGGCAAGACAUGGAUCACUGCAGGAGAGCUCCUCCAGCGGCUGAGGGACAUUUCUGCUGCCAAGAUCCGCUUUGCUAGGCGACAGAAGGAGUCAAUAAGGGAGACCAGGCCUACACACUCCAGGCGGAGGAAGAGAUAGCGUCGAGAGCUGGAAGAACGCUGGGAAGGAAGCCUGCGUGGAAAUGAAAGGAGAGGGGAGGCCCAGGGAAGGGAGACCCUCCACCUGUUUCCUGGGCCAGGAAACAUACCGGCUGGGAUUGGCACAAGCUCUGAUCUCCUCGCUCUGGAGAGCGAGCCUCCAUCAAGGCGGCUCCAAGCCCUCACAGUGUCCAGGAAAGCUUUUGCUCCCACGGUACAGAGCAGCCUCUCACCCUGGCUCUGGCCCCACACCCCUGCUGAAAGGAACUGCGUGGGGAAGUGCACUAAACUGGAGGCCAAGUCCUGAGAGGAAUCCUAUCUGUUGGCUGCAAACCAGGAAUGACGUGCAGUGAUGGACACUCACACCUAAGCCAGCCCUGGAGGCUGGAUAGGGCUGUCCAAUGGCUGGUGUCCUGGCCGCCCCCAUCUGUCCCUUUUAGAUCUCUCUCCCCAGAGUCCUUGUACCUUCAUACCCUCAGGACACUCCUGGUGAGAAGGGCCUAUUCUGCUUCACCUGUCUGUAUAUAAUUUAUUUGCUCUAAGAACUUUGGGAAUUCCAAUUAUUUAUUAUAAUGUAUUUUUUUUAGACUCUCAAUUAUUUGCCUGUGAACUCGUGUUUGUAAUAAAUAA